UCCAUUGUCUCAGAAUACAUCAAGUUGAAUUUGAUAGAAUUUACGAUUUCAACUCCAAGGAGUAUACUGCUACAACAACAAUAACCAUUCAACCAUCAUCAUAAACAAUGGGCCAACAAAACAAGCGUUCCAGUCUCACAUUGGCUGUCGAUACUUUUGAUGCUAUCAUGCCAAUCGAUACCUCAACAAGACAUGUAAAUAGAAAAUCAAACUCUACUCCAACACCUGUAAAUACCAUGGUAGAGAGAAGAAGAUCCAAAUCAAGUGUGCCUGCUCUUGAAGAACUCAAGAAUCUCAAAGAAGAAUCAGUCAAAGGCUAUAUGAAAGGAAGAAGACCAAGAAAAGAACCAGUUAUGACACAACUCCAAGAAGGAGAAGCUGACCAAACCAAUGAUGAUUCACCACAAAGUCCAAAGAAGAAUAAGAUUGUCUUUACCAAGAUUUUCAAAAAGUCAACUAAAUCCUCUUCACCAACAACAAAAUCAUCACCAGUUGAAGAAACAAUAGUCGUUCCAACAGUAUUUGUUCCACCAACAACAACAGCCUCUGGAAAGAGAGUUAAAAUUACUGGUGCCUAUGUACAUACUCAAAACAAUAGAACACUCGCUCAAUCAUCACCAACAAGCUCACAAAUCCAAACAACAGAUCGUCUCAGAAGUAAAUCUUCACCUGUAAUGUAUUCAAAUGAGACAAGUAUGGUUGUUGGUGGAUAUAUUCAUAAGAGAGCUCAAACUGAUCCAAUCCCAGAUAUGCUUCUCACCUUGACUCCUCCAGCUGAAGAACCAACACUUACAAAGAACAAAUAUUCCAGUCCAUUCUUACCAUCAAUUGAAUUGCCUGCCUCAUCUUCUUCCAAAUCAUUGGAUGAAGAACCAUUUUUCAUUGUUAUUGAUGAACACACAACCUAUAUGGAGAUGCCUCUUACAAAGAAGAACGGUAUCAUUAUUAAGAAGAAGAAGGAAAAGCUUAAGGAAAUGGUACAAGUAUACUAUUUACAAAAAGACGAAUUGGUCAAUAGAACCAGAAGAGAAAUGGCCAAGAGCAAGAGAAGAAGAUAAACAAUUCUCAUCACCAUAAGAUUCACCAAUUGAAUCUCAAACUAUAGUAUACUUCGAGUCCUUCCCUAACCUUCCUAACUGUUAAUAAUCCGAGUCCCAAUUUUGUAUAGUCUUUCUGCGAGCAAUAAACCCUUCUAUAAUUUAU